AGGACUAUCCGUAGCAAAACAACAUGGCGGACAGUAUACGCAUGCGUAGUUUGGGCUAUUGUUGACGAAUUUCGGCUCCAAACUGAAUGUAGGUCUUAUUUUUUAGUGCUUCUGAUGGCGAACGAGCGCCUGCGAGCUCUUGAGGAGGUCGAGAAGGAGAUCGCGAUGGUCUUGCAGUGUGCCGGCAACAUCGUGAUGGAACUUUCCAAAGACAAACACAACGCCAGUCUGCUGGACAGACAGCUGGUCCAGUUCCAGAGCUCAGUCAACCGAGUGGAGAGCGAAUUGAGCGGCCAGAUCCGUUACCUGACGCAGGUCGCCACCGGGCAACCGCACGAGGGCUCCACCUACUCGUCCCGGAAGGACUGUCAAAUGGCGCUCAACCGAGCAGAGUAUGCCAAAGUCAAACUGGGAGAACUGGGACGAACGUGCGAAGUCAUGUUGGAGCCGCCGCCUCCACUGUAGCAAAAAAACUUGUUUUGUCAAUUUGCCAUCUUUAUUGGGACUUACUUCAAGAACAAGAAAACUGCAAAUUCAUCUGGACUAUAGUUUGUGUGUAACGAUUGGAAUUCAUCAAUUAAAAAAAGAGCUUAAUCAUGUACAAACA